UCCUCAGCUGCCUGCCGCGCAGAAGCAGCGACCCGCCAACUCUCUCCGGUCGGCUGGGAAACUAAUUAAACUACCGGGAACACCAACAGGCGGGUCGCCGAAGUCGUCGACUCGAAUAUUUUGCACGGACUAAACUCUUUAUGGAAGCGGACGGCUUCUUGUCCCGGCGAACGUCCGUGGAAACACCGAGCGUUGACAGCCGGGUUUCGGGCGCUGCAGCCGGGGCAGAGUUUCGAUGGCUGGGCGGCAGGCUUCUGGAUGCAACGGGAGGAUUUGUUGGGUCUCUUUCACCGAGAAUGGCAGGGGAGCAGGACUUUUCCCCGGUGCUGCUUCGAGCAACUCCGGAGACCUCGAUCUCCGUGGAGCCAGAAAUAGACUAUGAGGGGCUGCCUCAGGGAGCAGCCACCAGCACUCACAUGCUGGCAGGAGCCGUGGCUGGGAUCAUGGAGCACUGCCUUAUGUACCCAGUCGACUGUGUCAAGACUCGCAUGCAGAGCCUGCACCCCGAGCCCGGAGCGCGCUACAGGAACGUGAUGGACGCCCUGCGGCAGAUUGUGCGGACCGAGGGCGUGUGGCGGCCAAUCCGAGGUGUAAAUGUGCUGGCGGUGGGGGCGGGGCCUGCCCAUGCGCUCUACUUUGCCUGUUACGAAAAGAUCAAGUUCACGCUAAGUGAUGCCAUUCAUCCCGGAACCAACAGCCACUUUGCAAAUGGCGUGGCGGGCUGCAUGGCCACGGUGCUGCACGACGCCACCAUGAACCCAGCCGAAGUUGUGAAACAGAGAAUGCAGAUGUUUAACUCUCCGUACCGUGGCGUGCUUGACUGUGUGGGCUCUUUGUUGAGGCACGACGGCCCGGCCGCUUUCUACCGAAGCUACACCACCCAGCUGACCAUGAACAUACCGUUCCAGGCGCUCCACUUCAUGACCUACGAGUACCUCCAGGAGCUCCUCAACCCCCACAGACAGUACAACCCUUCCUCUCACGUUGUGUCGGGCGCGCUGGCCGGAGCUCUGGCCGCCGCUGCCACCACUCCUCUCGACGUCUGCAAGACCCUCCUCAACACUCAGGAGGCUCAGACCAUACAUGUGAUCCAGGCCGAGGCUGCAGCGGCCGGAGCGGUUGGUGCAGCCGCCGCCACCGGCAGCCGCCACAUCUCUGGUCUUGGCGAGGCAUUUCGGACGGUGUACAGAAUGGGAGGCAUGCCGGCCUUCUUUAAAGGCGUCCAAGCCCGGAUCAUCUACCAGAUGCCCUCCACAGCCAUCAGCUGGUCCGUCUACGAGUUCUUCAAAUACAUCAUCACCAAGCGCCAGCACGAGAGGCGGCUGCGUGGAGAUCGUGACGGCGACAAAUGACCACCUGGCAGUAGGAUCGAGUAUUGGCAACACAAAGGGUUAUUGCACCGUACCGAACACGGUUAUCGGUAUUGAUCACUAAACAUCUAAAGGUUUGAAAAGCUCCAGAAUUUUAGAUUCUUUGAGCAAACUUUUUAUUUUGUUUACUGAGAUCUAUGAAGCGCGGUCGGAUCUAGUUAAUAGCAGGGGAGGGAACGUACAACUUUAGAGAACAGCUUGUCAGGAAUACUUUACUUAUUUUAUGUGGGGUUGACAAAAUAUCCCUCAGUGCGCAUUGGUAAGAAAAGAGCCUUUAGAUGGCUGACAGGAAGUCGUGAUUCCCUAAAUUGCAAUGCUUUAACUAUUUUUCACUAGUGUUCAAUUUGAAAGGCUCCCUGUAUUGGCUUUCAAAAAGCUUCUUAUUUAUAAAGCAAAGUUGAAUUUUGCCAUUUAAACAAAGAAACGCUCGCGUCUCAUCAACCACCUUUAGUGCAUUUUAGACUGUUUGUUUUGGCUCUGAACUCAAGUGCGUUGGAUUAAAAAUAACUGAUGUUAAAGUGCUGAUUUAGAGCUUUAAUUUGAGGGUGUUAACAUUCACUUUAAAUGAACUGUGUAGAAAUUGUAGCAUUUUUUAUACAAACCCCACAAAUGGAUAAAAAAGGGCUAGAAAUCCUACACUUGAAACUGAUUUGAAAUUCAGUACUUUAACCUCAUGCUUGCAAUCCAGUGUUUUUGAGUACAGCGCCAAAACAAAAAAAAAAGAAUUUAAGAACUGGGUUAAUGUCUCUCUCUUCACUGCACAUGUUGCACUUUUGGAAAGUAUGAACUACCAUAUUCUGACCACAGGGGGGCGCACAGCUCAAACAUUUAACAACUGGACAAACUCGUGGAGGUUACAGAAUCAGCAAUAUACAAUUAAUUUAAUAAAACUUGUGAUGUAAAGUAACGCUCCACUCAGAGGAAGGAGCAAAAAUAUAUUAAAGACGAUUUAUUUUGAAAGAAAAGGAAUAACUUAAAAUUCUAAAUUAGUUUUGGAUUGAAAAAUACUCAAGGAUUUAACAGUGGAGCAGGUGUGUGUGUGUGUGUGUGUGUGUGUGUGUGUGUGUGUGUGUGUGUGUGUGUGUGUGUG